GCGACACUGUGCAACGCAGCUGAUGCGUAAAGAUGGCCGGCACUGAUACAAACGGAUAAACUCGCAGCAUUUGGUCCAUACAUACAUAUCGCACGAUUGAUAUGAAAUGAAGAUUUCGCAGAUGCAUCAGCGUAAUUUCUAUCCCGCAUAAAGCGUAAUCGUAGAUAAGAAACAUUGUCCGAUCGAAGUUUACUCUCGCUAACGAUUUGAUCGGCGAUGCCGAUACAUUUGUUUCGUCUGAGAAGCGACGAGAUGAGCGUGAUAAAAACGACGAAGCAGAAUGCAGCGAUCACUUCUACAAUGAUAUUCGUCAUACAGCGACGCUGCGGAUGUUGUAGAUAUUACAGACAACACAGACAUCGUACGUGUCAUUGCGAUUGGAAUUAAAAUUGUGUAGCGGAUAUAUCAAGGCCUCUCUGCAACGGCUGUUUACAUAAUAUCAUGGCUUACGAUUCACGUAACGUAAAAUAUUCACCCAACACUCAUGCCCAUCAGCAUACUACUCGACCCAACAUGACUGGAUAUACAUACGCUGGUCAUCCGCCGCAGCAUUUCCAACAGACUGAUGAAAAUAGAAAUGAGAACAACUUGUGCGGUACGAAAGAGCUCUGUCCACAAAUCUCGCAGCAGUCAUCCGGCACACAAACUGUGCAGAAAGUCGAUGCUGCGACCAUGACGGAUCCUUUACAGAUUGAUUUUAGGCUUACUUCUGAAUACUUGGCGCGUUGUUCGAGUACGUUAGGUUUACCAUACGUAACUAAAUACGAGGACAAUAGUAAUAAUUCGCAUAGCUGUCAAGCAGUAAGACCAAAAAUUGAAUUUGAGAUUGAACCACAGCAUAUUAAUGGUAUGUUGAUUUACCAUUGCCCCGAGUGCGCAUACAGAUUUGAAGAUCGAGAAGCGCUCCACGAACAUCUCGAAGAUCAUAAACAGAGACCACAUAUCUGUGAUAUUUGUGGGGCAAGCUUAAAACGGAAGGAGCACUUGGAUCGUCACAAGCAAGGUCAUAAUAAGGAUAGGCCUUAUCAAUGUAACAUGUGUUGUAAAGCAUUUAAACGUAACGAACACUUGGCGCGUCACAUGAUCACUCACUCAGGUAGCAAGAAUCAAAUUUGUACAGAGUGCGGCAAAGCUUUCUAUAGAAAAGACCAUUUGAAAAAACAUUUGCAAAGUCAUAAUAGCGGUCGGAGCAAGCAUUUAAAUAUAUCGCAAAACAAUCAGAACGAUCAGCAACCGAGCGAUGAGGGACUAAGUAGUUUUGCAAUGAUGAUGAGACAGACCGGACCUCCCCCGUUUUCUAUUUUACGGACUUAGUUAUUAUAGCUAUAUAAUGACUGUGUAAUAUAUAUUCUUAUCUCCGUCUAUAAGCCAAGAUCGUUUUACUACUACGCGAUUAUUUAAUUCUGUAAGAUUUAAUACGAAUUUAAUAAGCUUUAUCUAACAUACUUAACUUUGCGGAAUAAUCGAAAAUAAUUGUUAAUAAUAUAACAAUCCAUGUUCCUAAGGGGGAGUAUAUCUUAUAUGUACUUUGUCAAUAAGUAGGCAAGAUUACGAUCAUGUUAUCAAUUUUGUAAUAUUCUUUAUAAUACACUGUAUGUGUAGAAGGUUGUCUCUCUAUAUUAAGAAUGUACCUGUUGAGAUUUUUUAAACUCGAAUAAGUUUGCUUUAAAAUUCGGAAUAAUCGUUAUCAUCAACGACCCUUUUUUACGUAGCAUUAUUUAUUCUUUGAAAAAAAGAAAACGAAAA